AUGCAGGCUUUUGUCCCGAAAAAUAGGAGGCCCCGAUUUGAGCUUGUAUUGAGGAUAAACGACAUCAACAAUGUUCCCUUGGGCAAUGGCGUCGCGUACGUACGAUGGCGCCUACCGUCAGGCGUCUCAGCAGAGCAUCAGGGUCACACAGAAAAGGCAACUCUCAGUGACCAUCGUGCAUACUGGAACUAUGAAAAGGUCCUCAACGUGAGGCUCACUAUCGACAGGGCAUCUACGCUCCAGGACUGCGAAAUCUUGUUCGAAAUCAUUCAAGAGUUCCACUCUUCAAUAGAGAAGAAUGUGCUUGGAAAAAUCAAGCUCAACCUUGCGGAAUAUGUGGAUAAGGUUGAAGAAGAUGAAGGUGUCGUUAGACGAUACCUUAUGUUUGACAGCAAAGUCAAUAGUACCGUUAAGAUUGGGAUUGCGAUGCACCAAACGGAAGGAGAUCGAGGCUUCACUACGCCAAAUCUGAAAUCGGCCACGGUCUUCGGAGGUAUUGCGGGCGUGGUUCAUUCUUCUGAGCCAUUAGAUUCGGACGAGAUCGGCCAGAUGCCCUCGAUCAACACACAAACCAGAGAGACUGCCGACAUGCAAGACCUAUAUCGAAGAACCCUAGCGGCCUCGUGGACGUCUCGAUCAUGCGACUUGCCUGCCGAUAAACUAGUGGAGGAGCUGUUCUCAGGCAGCUCAUGUUGGAACAAUGACGUCCAUAACACUGUGAAUGGAAGCUACGUGGGGCCUGACCAUCGGGAUAACUUUUUGGACCCUGAAGCUGGGGCCCGACAGUCACGCUCCGGCAAGAGAUUGUCGCCUAGCCUAUCACCCGGAUUUGAGAGGCGGCCGAAAAGCACCUCAAGUAACCACUCCCGCAGCAGCUCGAAAACGCCAGACUCUCGAUCUACACUGGGCAAUGCUCAAAAGGGCGGCAGUCUUGAACAGCAACUUUAUGAUGGGGCAAAGGGCCGUGGUUGGAAGGGACGACAUGCUGAGCAUGAGCUGUGCGAAUUUGAUGUCCGAGAUGAUCUUCGAAGUUGGGAGGUUGCCUCUAAUAGGUAG